CAUUCCGAGCUUACAAUUUCUCGCUUCUGCGAUUACUCUUGGAAUCUAUCCUCAGCUCUCACCUCGCCUUAUCUCACACAUUUGUAGAGCCAUGGCCGCCUACAAUGGCAAGUACGCAGAGGAGCUGAUCGCCAACGCCAAGAAGAUCGCGACGCCCGGAAAGGGCAUCUUGGCGGCGGACGAGAGCACGGGGACCAUCGGCAAGCGUCUGAGCGCCAUCAACGUCGAGAAUGUGGAGUCGAACCGGCGCGCGCUGCGCGAGCUGCUGUUCACGGCGCCCGGCGCCAUGCAGUACCUCAGCGGCGUGAUCCUGUUCGAGGAGACGCUGUACCAGAAGACGGCGGACGGCAAGCCGUUCGUGGACCUGAUGAACGAGAACGACGUGCUGCCGGGCAUCAAGGUGGACAAGGGCACCGUCGACAUCGCCGGCACCAACGGCGAGACCACCACGCAGGGCCACGACGGUCUCGGCGCGCGCUGCGCCGAGUACUAUAAGGCGGGCGCGCGGUUCGCCAAGUGGCGCGCGGUGCUGAAGAUCGGCGCGAACGAGCCGUCGGAGCUGGCGAUCCAGCUGAACGCGCAGGGCCUGGCGCGGUACGCCAUCAUCUGCCAGGAGAACGGGCUGGUGCCCAUCGUGGAGCCCGAGAUCCUCACCGACGGCUCUCACUCCAUCGAGAAGUGCGCUGAGGUCACCGAGCGCGUGCUGGCUGCGACGUACAAGGCGCUGAGCGAGCAGAAGGUGCUGCUGGAGGGGUCGCUGCUGAAGCCCAACAUGGUGUCGCCCGGCACCGAGGGGCCCAAGGUGGACGAGAAGACCAUCGCUGCGCUGACCGUGCGCGCGCUGCAGCGCACCGUGCCCGCCGCCGUGCCGGGCAUCAUGUUCCUGUCGGGCGGGCAGAGCGAGGAGCAGGCCACCGUGAACCUCAACGCCAUGAACCAGCUCGACACGAAGAAGCCGUGGACGCUCUCUUUCUCGUACGGCCGCGCGCUGCAGAAGAGCACGCUGGCGGCGUGGGCGGGCAAGGAGGAGAACCUCAAGGCCGCGCAAGAAGUGUUCACCGGCCGCGCGCGCGCCAACUCCGAAGCCACCCUCGGCAAGUACGCCGGCGGCGCGGCGUCUGGUGCGGCGACGGAGAGCCUGCACGUCAAGGGCUACGUGUACUAGGUAACUGGGGAUAGCCCCCCCUAUAGGUAGUGCCAUGUUUUCCCUUUUUGGCAUGUCUGAUCUAGCUGCUUAGUGCAUACUUCCCACACAAUCUGGCUCUCCGCCGUCACCGCAAAAUUCACGAAAAACCAACAUCAGAACAUUGUACAUCGAGUGUGCCUCUUAACCCAAGUGUGCAUGUGCCUCUGAUGUUACUGCCAUGCUCCUCCCAGCAAACUGACCUGCAAUUG